CAGUCUCCGUGUUCAGGGGUUUAUGUGGGAAUCAGAGCAGAAUGGAUCAGUAUCGAUAUUUCAUUUUUAACCAAAGGAACAUAGUCGUACUGGGGAUGUUCCAGAUUGCCUUCAGCACCGUCUGUGUCACCAGUGGGUUCAUAGAUGGCAUUUUCAGGACAGAGUCUCAGCUGGGCAAAACCAGAGCUCCAGUUUGGGCUGGCAUGGUGAUGGGAGUCCCAGGCGUCCUGGCUUUGUUCUCCUCGCAGAGGAAGAAUCCAGUUCUUGUGAAUGUACUGAUAGUUUGUUCCAUAAUCUCUUGUGUUGCCAUCUUCAUUGUAAUAGUUUAUAGCUCCCUCACACUGAACUAUGGUGAAGAGGAGGAGCUGAGUUCUGCCCCAGUCCAUGUUAUCCAUACUAGGUUCAUACUCAAUGAAGUUGUCAAGGGUGCUAACAUAGCCAUGCUGGCUGUAUCCAUCUGCAGUGCCUUUUGUGUGCUGGCCAUGGCUUACUUGGGAUGCCGGAGUCUUCCAUGCUGCUCCUGCUAUGACAGUGUAACUGGGAUGGAAUGGUUGCAGCCUAGUGAGGACCAAAAUCAGUCUGUGGAAAUGAUUUGUGCUGUAGAAAGCCCUGGGGGGAGAAUUUUUAACUUCACAGAUGGGUUUCCAGCCCAGGAUGUAGAUGCAGAAGAAGACACAUCCAAACCUCCACCAUUUAUCAGAAUGACUUGAAAAAGUGGCCAAACAUUAUGUUCAGAUGUGGCAAGAGAGAUGCAAUAAGUUCCUAAUCUUAAAAGAUCAUUAUGGACUUUUCCUUGGCCAUUUGAAAAACACACACAGAGUGAACUAGUGAAUGCCCAGCACUGAGCAGAGAUCACAGAACAGAGGGAAACAUCUGCAGCUGAUUUUGAACUUUCAGACUUCGUACAGUGAAAAUACCUCAUUGCUUCUGGAAAGUGACAGCAUUUUUUAGUCUGGCUUUUGUACUUAAAUCAUGUCUUAUUUCACUAGAAUUCAUAAUGUAAUUUGUGUAGCAGUGCUAGCCUUAGGCAUUUAAAUAUUAAAUACAAUUCCUUUUUCUUCAA